AUGGCCUUCGCCUUGAAGUUCUUACAGUGGUUCAUCCGCGGCGUCCAGCUGGGCUGCUCGGUCCUCAUCCUCGCCAUCUUCUCUUACUUCCUCGCGACCCUGCACAACCACUCGCUCCCGAUCGCCACGUCGAUCCGCGCCGUAGAGGGCAUCUCUGGCGCCGCGACCCUCUACACCCUUGCCGGUCUGCUCCUCUUGUGCUGCCUUGCUGGCCGCUCCUUCACCUCCUUCAUCGCCAUAGUCAUCGAUGUCGCCUUCAUCGGCGCCUUCAUCUACGUCGCCGUAGCCAACCGUAACGGGGCCGACUCUUGCUCCGGCACCGUCAGCACGCCCUUCGGUGACGGCCCCGCGGAUGGCAAGCCCACCAACACCGGCAGCGACGGCUGGACGCAUCUUCCCAGCCUGCGCACCGCUUGCAAGCUGCAGACUGCAUGCUUCGCCGUUUCCAUUGUCGCAAUCAUCUUCUUCAUCCUCUCCAUCCUCGUCGAGGUCGCCCUCGCCCGCCACCACCGCAAGGAGAAGCGCUUCGGCCCCAGCCCCAAGAACAACUACACUUCGGGGUCGGGCGGCAAGCCCGGCUUCUUCAGCCACUUCCGCCGCGGUAACCGUGUCGUCGCUGAGCCCAAUGAGAACGCCCUGCCUAUGCACACCAGCCCCGACCAGGUCCGCACCAGCUACGCCACCGAGACCACCGCCGUUGCCCAGGACCCGGGAUACCCCAAGUACGAGGGUGCCUAUGCUACCAACGGCACCACCGGCGCCAACGGCUACAACACCUAUGGCCAUGAGACUGGUACCACUGGUGCUACGCACCCGCCCAACAACUACCAUUACAACGAUGGUGUGUACGACAGGGUCUAA